CUCUCAACCGAGAGUGGAUAGCUUUACAAGCGCAAAGUACAAAUGAUAUCAUAUUGCGAUUUCGGAACGCAUGAGUCGCAAACAAUAAAUCCUGUUGUAAACCCCGAUUCGGUUAAUUGAUGACCGAGAACAGAGGCUCUUUAUUGGGGUUUUGACGUUGGUUAUGUUCACAACAAGUGCAAAAUUGCUAAGUUUUAUGAUACACCCCUAGAUCGGCUACUUCGAGUGUGCGUCGACAUUAAUAAUCAGAAGUUACCUUCGUAAGACGUGGCGAUGGAACCAAACAUACUUUCCAGAAAGGCGCGAUCGAUUGAUUAAAACGGAUGAAUAUGAUAAUUAUGCUAAUGGAGUUUUGGUGGAGUGGCUUUCAUCAAUAGGCCUAGAUAUCUGGCUAGCAAGCAGAAGGUUGUAUAUGACUGUCGAUCGUGCAAAAUGCAUUCAUCAUAAGGAAAUGACUUCGAAGGAAGAAAAGGAACACAUCUUCAAAGAUCUUCUCCGAAAACAACGCGGCUUGUACAGGAAGUCUGCGAGAUCAUAUACCUAACGAUGGCUGACAUGACAGAAAGAAUGGUUUUUGAAAUGGACAGCGGGAAUGACACGGUCACAUCAGAAUCCUUUGGCCAGCCGACAUUUGCUGUCGUCAUCUUUGUCACCAUAGGUAUCGUUGGGAUGAUCGGAAAUGCCCUUGUAUGCAUCGUGAUCGCAAGUACGUUGGCGUGGUCGAAAAGUGGCACCACGAAUCUCCUGAUCUUGAACCAAGCCGUCGUCGACACCUCGACGUCGUUCAUUUUGAUUCUAUCCUACACCUUGCCUUACCCCUUUAUCCGAACUGCAGGAGUGUGGUCGGAGUUCGUCUGCCGCAUGUGGGUGCCACACACCCUCCUGUGGAUGCUCUUUGUCGUGUCAACCUACAACCUCUGCAUGAUGUCUCUGGAACGGUACAUCGCCGUUGCCUACCCAGUGGCCUACUCCACGCGAUUUAAGAAGGAGACAUCUCUCUUGAUGAUUCUCUUCUGCUGGAUAUUAGCCCCUCUUUUGCAUUACUACUACCCGAUUGCAUACGAUUACAAUGAUGGUGGUGUUUGCCGGAAGCGAGGGGACCCAUUAGUGGUCGCGACCAUUGGUGUCUUGAUCUUCGUCUGGGAAUUCUUCAUCCCUUUCAUCAUCAUGGCUGUGGUGUACAGCCGCAUUGUUUAUCUGCUCCGGAGGCAGCAGUUGCGGGUCCGGGCAGUGAACACCAACCCUGGUCAACCGGAAUCGCGCAGCGGACAUCUAGGUGCCCAAGCCCCAUCGCAGCCUCAUAUCCAAGUCUCCCUGGAGCAGAACAUCGCCUCCAGAUCCGAAGCUGCGCAAGGUCAUCACCAAGGGAACUUGGCGCAGCAGAGACGUCGUGCGCCGUCAGAAACAGUUCGCCGCAACGUCACGGUGACGCUUCUAGCCGUUUUUGUCAUGUACGUUGUUUGCUGGAUGCCGAACCACCUGACCUUCCUUCAGUUCGGGCUAGGAGGAGACCUCAAUUUUGCCGGAGCUUGGUACUACACCACGCUCAUCCUUGCGUACCUUAACAUGAGCAUCAACCCUUUCAUCUACGCUCUCAAAUACAAGCUCUUCAGGGAAGGCUUCAGGAGACUAUUCUGCGACAGGUGCUACAAGGCCGCACCUGAAAGACGAAUCUUUACAGAACACUCUAGCUUACCACCGCGACCCGUUCCUACCGUCUCUGGGUCUGACAGAGGUCUCAUACAUGCUGAAUAAAUGCCGCACAUCGAUCGAUUAGACAAUUUAAAUUUGAAUUGAAUUUUAAUACAAUCCAAAUUUAAUCCAGAUUCAUUGUGAGUAUUCCUUGUAGUCAGUCGCACUCCGGACUAUUUCGAAAUCUUGUAUUUUAUCAAUGAGAUUGAAACACAAAUCUUGAAGAUUUUAAUCUAAGUCCAGAGUCCGAUUCGUCAGUGCUGUUCAUGAUUUAUUUCAAAUUUCAUCAUUCUGGCACACCAUGAUAAUAUGUGUCCAUUUUUUGUGUAUUUUUAUAAAACAAAAAUUCUGAAGACGUUCCUGAUCUUUCGUACAGAGGGAAACUUUUUUUUUUAUAAAGACAUCCACGAUUUUUUUGGCCUUUGUAGAUAAUAUCUGAAGACAUCCUGGUACACGGAUUGCUUGAUUUAUGAUUUGUGAGUUUGCAGUAAGAAAUAGCGAUAUACAACAAAAUCUUAGUUCUCAAUUUGAUUAUGCACAUCCUUGAAUAGUCUUAAAGGUCAAGUCCACCCCAGAAAAAAUGUUGAUUUGAAUAAA